CGAGACGAGUAGCGGCGCGGACCGAGGGGGAGGCGGCGGGGGCGAGGCAGCCUCCCGGCGAGCAGGAGGCGGCUGCCGGCCAGGCUGAGUCAGGAAGCGGCGGCCGGACUUGCCUGGGAAGGGGAGAGCGAGAGCCCGCCGGACUGGGCUGCGGGCCCGCGGAGCCGGGCACCUCUGCGACCUGCAGCGACACAGGAGUCCGGCCGCCCAACCCGCGCAGCCCGAGCCCGCACCCGCCAGCCGGCCCCUCUGGGAUGUCCGGGGAACCCAGGCAUCCAGGACGGCGGUAGAGCGAGCCCGAGGAUGGGACGGCGCCCGCAGCUCCGGCUCGUCAAGGCCCUUCUCCUCCUGGGGCUGAACUCCAUCUCCGCCUCCCUCCAGGACCAGCACUGCGAGAGCUUGUCCCUGGCCAGCAACGUUUCCGGACUGCAGUGCAACGCAUCCGUGGACCUCAUUGGCACCUGCUGGCCCCAGAGCCCUGCAGGGCAGCUAGUGGUUCGACCCUGCCCCGCCUAUUUCUACGGUGUCCGCUACAACACCACAAACAACGGCUACCGGGAGUGCCUGGCCAAUGGCACCUGGGCCGCCCGUGUGAACUACUCCGAGUGCCAUGAGAUCCUCAGCGAGGAGAAGAAGAGCAAGGUGCACUACCAUGUGGCUGUCAUCAUCAACUACCUGGGCCACUGUGUCUCCCUGGUGGCCCUCCUGGUGGCCUUUGUCCUCUUUCUGCGGCUGAGGAGCAUCCGGUGCCUGAGGAACAUCAUCCACUGGAACCUCAUCUCAGCCUUCAUCCUGCGCAACGCCACGUGGUUCGUGGUCCAGCUCACCAUGAGCCCCGAAGUCCACCAGAGCAACGUGGUGUGUCCAGGAGGGACGGGCCCAGGGGCAGAGGGAGGGUCUGGGUGGGGCUGUCCUGGAGGAGGAGGGGCCAGAGCCAGGCCUUGGAGCCCACAGAACAGGAUUCCAAGGGGCAGGGGGUCCCCCAGGCCAGGUGGGCUGCUGCUGCCCCCCUACUCUGUGCCCCACUCCUGGCUCAUCGUCACCUCUGAUGGGGGUGGGUGGCAGGGCUGGUGCAGGUUGGUGACAGCCGCCUACAACUAUUUCCAUGUGACCAACUUCUUCUGGAUGUUCGGCGAGGGCUGCUACCUGCACACGGCCAUCGUGCUCACGUAUUCCACAGACCGGCUGCGCAAGUGGAUGUUUAUCUGCAUUGGCUGGGGUGUGCCUUUCCCCAUCAUCGUGGCCUGGGCCAUUGGGAAGCUGUACUAUGACAAUGAGAAGUGCUGGUUUGGCAAAAGGCCUGGGGUAUACACUGACUACAUCUACCAGGGCCCCAUGAUAUUGGUCCUGCUGAUCAACUUUAUCUUCCUUUUCAACAUCGUCCGCAUCCUCAUGACCAAACUCCGGGCAUCCACCACUUCUGAGACCAUUCAGUACAGGAAGGCUGUCAAGGCCACCCUGGUGCUGCUCCCCCUCCUGGGCAUCACGUACAUGCUGUUCUUCGUGAACCCCGGGGAAGACGAGGUCUCCCGGGUCGUCUUCAUCUACUUCAACUCCUUCCUGGAAUCCUUCCAGGGUUUCUUCGUGUCCGUGUUCUACUGUUUCCUCAACAGCGAGGUCCGCUCCGCCAUCCGGAAGAGGUGGCACCGAUGGCAGGACAAGCAUUCAAUCCGCGCCCGUGUGGCCCGCGCCAUGUCCAUCCCCACCUCCCCGACCCGAGUCAGCUUUCACAGCAUCAAGCAAUCCACUGCGGUCUGAGUUGGGGGGCUAUGGAGCAGCCCCCCGAGAUCUAUGUUUGGGAAGAUGGUCACCAGACUCAGCCAGCUGCCUUGUCUGUAGGGGGGACCAGGUCCUUCCCACACCCUGUACCCCCAGGAACAGCUGGCCCUGAGAGCCCAGGAUCCUCCCUGACCCUCAGCUGAGCAGGAAUACCAGACCUGUGAGAGCAGUCGGGAGGUGGGGCACGGGAUGAAUGGACUGUAACCUAUGGGACUGGGCUGGGCCCAGGGCCUCUGGCUCCCCUUUGCCCCGAUCUUCCUGGAGAAUGGAGCAGAAAUGGAGGGGAGGUGGAGAGCGGGAAUCCAAAGCAGGUCCCUCCAAGAGGCAUCUUCUCCCGGAGCACAAGAUGGCAGCUGGAGUCCUCAGCGACUGUGAGGGGCCAUUCACUGCCUCAGGGGCAUCAUGGGAAAUUCCUGUGACAGCAUCUGAGCCAUCGUGAUGAUGCCUCUGGGCCUUAGCAAUGCCUUCCAGCAGCCCUGGGAACCAAGGCCAUGUUGUCAGAAGCCCUGAAGACAUUCUUAGAAAUCAAGUGUCAUCAUCAGACAUCAGGCCACAUCUCCGAAAUCCUCCCAAGCCACCAGAAAUUCAUCUGACCCCGUGGUCCUGCCACCAGAAAAGCCCUGCCUCGCUGCCUUGCACCCUUGGGCCUUUACCACCGCACAGCCCACAGGGGUUUCCCCCUCCUUAACCUCCUGCCCCAGGUGUCUCCCCCUUUGUGAGAAGAUGGGGAGGUGGGAGGGUGGCGGAGUGUCCUUGAGCAAAAGCCAGUCUGUGCCCCAGCCAAAGCCACCCUUCAAGGGGCAAAGAAGACUUGGGGCCACCCAGUCUGCUGGCUUCCAUGACCCGCUUCUGGGGCAACCCUCUGCUGGUCAAAGGGAUCUCGUGGCCCUUGGAUGACCUCUGGGGCAACAUCAUUAGCUAAGCACAGAGAGGGCAGGACACCAGCCCCUCUCUGCCCUGAGGUCCCUAAAACAGGACAGGUGGCUCUUGGGGAAAACAGCCAGCUUACUGCUCACACCCCAGGUAAGGACCCAGCCAUAUCCAGAAGUAUUGGACAACCAGAGCAGGGCUUUGGGGGGUUGGGGCUGGGAGAUGGGGGCGGCUGGUGUAAAUAAUAAUAUUUAUCUUUCAACCAGUACGUGUGAAGGCCUGGUCUGUGCUGAGGCUGGGUAAGGGGGUAUGCCACGAAGACAUGGAGACGACUUUCAGCCUUUAGGGCCUCUGUGUGGCUGGGGAACCUGACGGCACUCUCACACCCACCAAGGAUGGGGCGCAAGGGGAGCUGGUGAGGGCAGGAGAGGGCUUAGAAGGGCAUGGGGUCUGCAGGGCCCAGGUCAUAAGCACAGGGGGGCGGGCUGGAGGGAGAAGGGCCGUGGUGAACCCUGCAGGUGGAGGACACCACGGAUCCAGUGCAGCUUGGACAAAGAUGAGGCUGUGGGACCCGGCCGGAGCACGUCCCAGCCCCCAGGGAGGCUCUGAGCUGGAAACGGGAAGGCGUUAGGAGGCAGGGGAGGCUGAACAGGUUUGAAUGCUGUCUUGAAGGUAGGAUCCCCAGAAGGAGACCAGAGACAAGGCUUGGAGAACAAACUCCGGGCUUAGUGCACACAGCGCAUGGGUGGUGGGUGGGGCAUGAGGCCCAGAACGGAGGGCAGGAGGAAGAGUGGGGGCUGCUGGAGACUUGUCCUGCCUUGGGAGCUGGGGAAGCUGGGUGGUAGCCACACCUGCGCCUUCCCACCUGAUUGACUGUUAAGGCUCAAAUGGCCACAACUGAGGCACAAUUGAAGCAUCUUUUU